AUGGGCUUAGAUCCACUUGAGUUUACGGACUGUUUGACUGACAGUCCGUUUUUCCGCACGAAGCUGUAUGUGCAUGAAAAAGAGUUGGAGAGAACUAGUAAAGCAAUCAAAACUCUCAUUAGUGAUGGAAAGGAGUUACUCACUGCUUCAAAACAUCUUGCAAAAGCUCAGCGCCAGUUCUCGCAGAGUUUGACUGAUUUCAACUUUGAAUGCAUAGGACAGCAGCAGACAGAUGAUGAAAAAGUGAUUUCUGGGGCCUUGAAGCAGUUUGGAGCGGUCAUGAACCGGAUAGAGGAUGAAAGAGAACGCAUGCUUGAGAAAGCCAAUGAGCAGUUCAUCAAGCCCUUGGAGAACUUCAGAAAGAACCAUAUUGGUGGUGUCAAGGAAGGAAAGAAGGCAUUUGAUAGGCAGACACAGAAGUUUUGUGCCUCCCUGGACAGAUACCUGAAUCUGAAAACCAAAGUAGCUGAAAGUCAGCUGCAGGAGGCUGAUGCCCAGCUCCAGCUGGAGAGACAGGAGUUCUAUGAGCAGUCCAUGAAGUAUGUACUGCAGCUACAGGAGGUCCAGGAACGCAAGAAGUUUGAGUUUGUUGAGACGUUACUGGUGUUUAUGUACAGUCUGCUGACAUUUUACCAUGAAGGCCAUGAGACUGCUGUGGAUGACAUGCCAUACCUUCAGAGACUGCAGUUCACAUUGCAGAAGACGCGUUCCAAUUUUGAUUCAACAAGAGAACAGGCUGAGCGACUCAUGUUGAAGAUGCUUGAAGGAAGGGGAAAUCUUGUGAGCAGUUUAAACCAGAACUAUGCAUGGCCAGAUCUUAUCAACCAGACCACAGAGAAGCCUGUCUCUCUCAACUUCAUAUCCAUGCCGAGAACUUUGGAUCAGACCGGUACUUUAAGAGGCAAGAUGAAGUGGACCAGACAGGGAUACUUAUAUCUCUUGGAGAAAAAGACGAUAGCCAAUGUAUGGACCAAGUACUACUGCUGCUAUUGCAAGGAUGACAAGAAUUUCUACAUGCUGCCAUACAAUCAAUCUACAGCAAAAAUGGUGGCAACUGGAGAGAAUGUCAUACUGCAGAGCUGUGUACGACGCGCUUCAGACUCUAUAGACCGCCGCUUCUGUAUGGACCUCACUGUUGCAGAGAAGACGGGGGUGCUCACUUUUCAGGCGCUGUCAGAGGAAGACAGGAAGUCCUGGAUGGAUGUCAUGGACGGCAAGGAACCGGUGUAUAACAAGCCCAACAGCCAGCUGGAGGACUCCUCCCUGGAUGAGAUCGGCUUCUUGUUCAUCAAGAGAUGUAUCAGUGCAAUAGAGGGAAGAGGCCUGGAUGACCAGGGCCUGUACCGGGUGGUUGGGGUCAACUCCAAGGUCACCAAGCUGCUCGCCCUCGGGCUCGACAAGAAGAAGGCGGACAAGCUUGACAUUAAUGACCCCAUCCAGUAUGAGACGAAGACCAUCACUAGUGCAGUCAAACAGUACCUCAGAACCCUUCCAGAACCGUUGAUGACUUAUAAUCUCCAUGCUGACUUUAUUGGUGCUGCCAAGCGUGACUCCCAGAGCCUGCGCCUGCUGGACAUCCACACUCUCACUCACAAACUGCCUAACUCCAACUUUGAAAUGCUCGACAUCAUCAUUGCCCAUCUCAGAAGAGUGUCACAGAAUGCGGAGGUUAACCUGAUGACGGUGGCCAACCUGGGUGUCUGCUUCGGGCCCACACUGAUGAGGCCAGAGGAGGAGUCAGUGGCUGCCAUCAUGGACAUCAAGUUCUGCAACAUCGUUAUUGAAAUACUCGUCGAGAACUAUGAAAUGAUAUUUAAACAAGCCCCUGAAGACAAAGAUUUACGCACAAAUCUGGUGAAGAGCCGUGAUCAAAAUCAACCUGUGAAGCGUAUGAAGAAAGCCCCUGAUCCUCCAGGCUCUAGCCCUGCCCCUGCCCGGCCCCCCACAGUGACAGCUACUGCCAUGAGCGUCUCCACCCCUCCCUUCCAGGCCACUCCUCCCUUCCAGGCUACCAAGUCUCCCAGGAACUAUGAAAAUAUUGGCAACAACUACCCAACCAACAGAGGAUUCCGGCCUGUUGAAGUGUACAACCCUACCACCGGCAGUUUUGAGACUCAGACAAACAGUGUGCAGGGCAGCCAGGAGUCCCUAAACUCAAGUUACUCCAACAGCGUGGGCAACGGCAGUGCGGGCUUCAACCCCUACGCCCGUGACCCCACGGGGCGCUACCAGCAGGCCAGGUCAUCUGUACCCUCGUACUCAAACGUUAGUGCCACCGAGUUUGGACACCAGUGUCCUGUUGAAAGCAUUGAAUAUGGCCACUGUAGGCCAGGGGCUAACAGAUUAAUCCUUUCAACUUCGGAUGUUCCAACAUUCGGCAGUAUCAAGAAGCGGACCCCCAAUGAUCACUCCUCUAUGUCAACGUCUAUGCAAGGGCUGUCCUCGUCCGGACGACCGUCUGUUUUCAUGUCUGAGAGCGUGUCUGGCAGCCUGGGCAACUACAGUAUAGCACAGCCACCACGCAGAACUGUUCGCACGUUAUACCAUUGUGAAGCCGAAAAUCCCUCAGAACUCUCCUUUACACCGAAUGUUAUAAUAACAAAUGUUCGGCAGUCUAAAGAACCUGGCUGGCUGGAAGGAACUCUAAAUGGACAGAACGGACUAAUUCCAGAGAACUAUGUGGAAUUUAUAGACUGACACAUAUAGCGGAUUAAGAAUUACAACAACAAGGACCCUGUGUCUGUACCAUUGAAGACUCUAGUAUAACAGAGACUAGCCACUGGGUUUUUUGGAUGUCUAACGGAUGUGUUCAAUGUAUGCCGUUUAAUAAUAAAAAAACACGGGUGACGAAUUUAAAGAACUACUUUGUAAGAGCUUAUAGGGCUUGAUUUGUCUUCAUGCAGCAAUACAGAUAUAUGUUGUUGUUUUAUUUCAGAAUCACAUGUAACAUGCUUUUACUAUUGGCAUAAUGUAAAGGAAAUUAUAUAAUAAUUUAAUAUAACAACAUUUUUGUAUCAUGAAUCUUUUAUCACUUGAACUAAGUGAACAAGUGUCUUGCGUGUCAAACCAGUUUGACUUACCCUGAUAAAAUUUCUUCUGUUUGUAAUAUAUGAGUGUGACAUGAUAUAAUGUGUCUUAUGCCAAAUGCCGCCAGUGUAGCUUUAGACUAGCCGACUCACUUGACCAGUAUUGUCUGGAGCUAUCCUGUGCAAUAUUUUGCGGUCACUUAUCAUAAGACACAUUUUUGCAUGACAUGGCUCAUAUUAAAGAAAAUUGCAUACAUGCAAAAGAUGUGUAUGUAAAGCUCUGCAAGCCCUCUCCAUGAUUACUGAGACUAACAUGCCAAUUAUACCUAACUUCUGUGAUAGUUUCUUUGUGACUGUUUUAUCAUUUUAUGUCAGCUGUUUGUCAUUUCAUAUCAUAAUUUUAAUAAUUUUAAUGUCAUUUCCCGUCAUAUCACAUAAAAAAAGUUGUUUUUCCUACUUACUUAGUUAGUUAUUUUAAUUCAAGAAACCAUGCAGUGUAACAUCAUGUACAUCAUGUACAUUUAUGUCCACAAUAUUUUUAACUUUUAAAGCAAUUUUCCAUAUACAGUCAAUCUUGUAUUUAGAGACCACUAAAGGGAGUAACCAAAAAUAAAAUGGUCUUUAAAUAAAAAAGGCCAUUUGGGAUGAAUGCCGACCUUUGAUUUUAAAUCCAGAUAUAGGAUUAUCUCCUUUUGACACAGCGAUUUCAGCUUUUCUAAUCAAAUGAAUCUAAAUAUAAAUAAAAUGAAUAAAACUUUUUUACUUAAAAUAAGUUGUAUUUGUUCUCUUCAAUUCUAAAUACAAUGUAAAUGGUUUGCAUGGAGAAUGGGUUUUUUCGACUCCAAACUCAUUCGCGAUUAAAUUUACAUGCACUUUUACUAUUUGACGCUUCCAAUACCCGAAUUUUCUCAUUUAACGUUAAUACUUUCCGUUUUGACACUUUAAUUUCUGCAUGUAAGCUUAUAUAUAUCUGACUCGAUUAUGGUACAUAGGGAAAUAAAUAAAACACCUUGAUCGAAAACUAAAUAAACACGCCUGAUUGGAAAAUUUGCUAACACAAACUUAUUAGCAUAAUAACAAUUACAUUAUUUAAUGAACAGAUUUCGCUACAUGUUACCUAUUAAUAUAUUUUUUUUUACACCUCUCAAGAACACUGUGAAAAUGUUUGUCGCGUCGGCCCAUUGUUUCUGCAAUAAAAUCGGCGAUCAAAUUUGUCACUUAAAGUCCCAGAUAGUAAACUCUUUAACCCGUAGACUGUUGGCAAUACCUCACUGUCUUAUUCGACACCAAAAAUUGAUACGCAGUCAGCAUUAACUCCAGUCAGAACCGGUCAUCGAGACAAAGGAAAAUGGCUGGUGUGAAAUCAAAACAAAGGUGUAAUCGUUAAUCUUAUCAGCUUAGAUAAACAAUCAACACUGAUUUGUCCCUGAACGGUCAACAGAUUUACCACUUUUACCUUAAAGCGGUCGCUUAAUUCAAGACUUGGGCAUCAAAAUACACUAAAAUCAGCGGUCGCUGGUCAGGUAAGACAAAAGUCUCUUAAUACAAUAUGAAAAUAUAGUUAAAACGCUCGGGCGGGAUUUUAAGUGGUCGCAAAAGACAAAAGUCGCUUAAUUCAAGUGGUCGCAAGCACAAGAAGAGACUGUUAAAGGCUCAUUAUGCUAGAGGGGUGGGGAGUCCCAUAAAAUUCAGUUUCUGCUAUUGUAUACAAAAAUCUGUCUCUUUCAUUCAGCAGAUGAGUGCUGCUAAGUAAUCAGUUUUGAAACUGGAUUUAUUUUUCUUGUCAAAUACUAAUAUGCUGAUUUGUUGCCUAUGCAAACCGUAAACAUAAUUUUUUUGGCAGGUAAUUUGUUAAUACCUAUACCUCUGUUCACUGUGUCUCAAUUAUUUAAUAAUUUCAAAGCAGAGCAUUGUUUUAUUUAUCUGUUGUUUGUGAGAAUUUACUAUUACACGUUGUUUUCAGUAGACAUAUUCAAUGUGUUUUUAACUUUAAAGCAAUCUAUAUGUGUUUGAUUUUUACUAUUUAAUAUAUUUUGAUAUUAAAAAGAUAAAAAGAGAUUUAAAGAUUAAGUCCUUGCCACAGAGUCUGAGACAUUGCAUUGCAUGCUGAUACGGUAGCAAUUCUUAUAAAGGAUAAUUGGAUUAUUUCACACGCAAAUAUUUGUUGUAAAAAUUACAUGUAAAUAAAUCUAUGUUACAAGGCUAUUGGUGCUUUAGAAUGAGUAAUUGACCAUACACAUGGAUAACUAACUUAGUCAAGAUGCUUCGCAUGAUAUUAAGGGUAUACAAACAAUACCAAUAUUAAUCACAUAAUAUUUAUUAUGAGUUGUGUAUAAUUUUAGUGGACUGGGACUCAACACAGUUUUGACCAACAAAUUCUUCAUUAAACAGUAAUGAGACUUGUAAUAUUUCUUAAUUUUAUUUCCUUUAGCAUUUCACGGACUUAUCACAUUGUUAUAUAUUUGCUGUAAUUAUUAUGGUCCUGAUUUUUUGCCUGUAUUCUAUGAUAGGAAUGACGAUUAUUUUAAAGUAUGUGAUAAGUAAUGUCUGGUUGCACUGUGGGGUUAUAUACUUAAUCUAUUGAUCAGUGUUUUAGUGCAUGUUAUCCUCUGUGUAUUGAUCAACACUGAUAAGGGUCGAUGCAAUGUUGCAAUGUGAUCAUGGCUGUUGCAAAUGUAUAGGGUUAUAAUACUUGGGAUGUCUCAGGUGGGAGGGGCAGGGGUCAAAGGAAGGAUUCAACUAGGCUUUAAACAAGUGAAUAAUGUUUGAGAUCAGGCAGAUAGAUUCAUUUUAUAAUUAAAAUAUAUUUUAUUAAACCCUUGCUUGUGAAUAUCUUUGAACAAAACCCUUUUUUAUGUCCUCCUUUUAAGAAGGUGGGGAAUAUUUCUUGCACCUGUACUCUGUUCUAUACUGUCACCACAAAAUAUCUAUAGAAUGCUUUGACCUGCAAUUAUGCUUAUUGGUAUGAUGGUUAGUUCAGAUGAAAGGAAGACACCUGUGGAUUUCUGGUCAACAGGUUAAAUGUUCACGUCACUGGUAAUUGUAAUAUGACUUUAAGGCAAUUUUUGCAGCAUGAUAUCUUGAGCGGGCUCUGACUAACAAUCAUGCAAAUUGGCAAUUUUAGUCAAAGGAAAAUCAUGUCCAAGGUGCAGCUCACAGGGGCUUGGAAUAUGAAAGCCUAUCCCACCGCAACUAGGAGAAUCAUACAAAUUAUUAUGCUUCCUAGUCAUGAAGAACGUUCCUUAUCACUUUGCUGAUCAUCAUGUCAAAGUUCAAUGUCACAGGUACAUGCAAUAUUAAAAAUCUCUUAAAAAAUUGCUCAUACUGACACUUUGAUGCUCUUAAUUGGAGAGAGUUUUACUUGCUUUACAAAUCUCUUGUUUUUCCAUGUUUUAAAUUCAUAUUAUUUUUAUUAUAUCUUUAUUGGAAUGUUUCCUUCAUUGCAUAGCCAUGACACCAACAUGUAUUGAAUGUUCAAAUACAGUUUAUCCCUAUGUGAUUUACCAAGGUACAAUUUUUUUAUUGGGUUUUUCGGCUUUUUCAACAGUAAGAUGUGGAGCUAGUCAUGGUUUUAUGUACAAACAAGUCUCUUGAUAAUGUUUACUUGUUAACAUGCAGGCCAGUUCAAUGCAUUGUUGGAGUGUUGGUGCUGGAGAUACUAUUAUGUGAUUUUUUACUAUUAUGUGAUUUUUAAUUGACCAAAAUCGCCACCUGGUAUUAACUGCUUUUGUUUUGAAGUCCUUACAAUUAGUAUACCAAAAUGCAUAACAGUUUAUGAAUUUUAGAUAUUGCUACUCACAGAAAUGAAAUAUAUUAUUUACUGCUGCAUACAUGUGUAUACAUGUUUACAAUAUGCAUUACUGUAAUGAUUCAUUAUUGUUACAAUAAAUGGUGCUUCCCAUUUAUCAUCUGUUGCUCAAAACUCUUAAGACCAGCAAGCUUAUGACAGUUUUUUUUCUCAUGUGUGAAUUCUUCAGGACAUAACCUGCUCCUUAGAUAACCUCUCUAAUAAAAUUGUUGGGCCUACUUUGAUAAAACUUAAUUUUUCUUGGAUGGUCGUCAUCAAAAGUUUCUCAAAAUGGUUCCAGUAAACUGCACAGAGCUAUAAAUAAAUAAAAAGAUUCAUUAUAUUCUUAUGCAUUUCUUUUUUUUUUUAUUCUUUGAUUGGCUGGUUCUGUAUUUAAGUUCUCAAGCAGUUUUGUAACAUUGUAAAAACAGUGCAGCUAGUCUGCACAUGAACUCAUUUUUCUCCUUAAAUAACAUUCUUUCUUUAAACCCUCUAUUUAGUAAUUUGUGAGGGAAAGAUCUAAAACUAAGAAAGGUACAGGGUGCUGCUGAAAAGGAGCAGGCCUAAAGAAGGACCAGUUUUUAAUGCUCCCCCACAAUUUUUUUGGGGGGGGAGCAUAUAGUCGCUGCUUCGUCUGUCCGUCGGUGUUUCCGUGUGUCCGUCCGUCCGUGCACAAUUUUUGUCAAGGCUAUUUCUCAGCAAUUAAUGACCGGAAUUCAAUGAAACUUUAUGGGAAGCUUCACUACCAAGAGGAGAUGUGCAUAUUAUCAGCUGGUUCUGGUCGGAUGAUUUUUCACAGAGUUAUGGCCCUUUGAAAUUUCAAUUAACUGUACAUAUAGUGCAAUUCUUGUCCGGGCUAUUUCUCAGCAACUAAUGACCGGAAUUCAAUGAAACUUUAUGGGAAGCUUCACUACCAAGAGGAGAUGUGCAUUUCAUCAGCCGGUUCUCGUCAGAUGAUUUUUCACAGAGUUAUGGCCCUUUUAAAUUUUCCAUUGUACAUAUAGUGCAAUUCUUGUCCAAGCUAUUUCUCAGCAACUUAUUACGGGAAUUCAAUGAAACUUUAUGGGAAGCUUCACUACAGGAGAUGUGCAUAUUAUCAGCCGGUUAUGGUUGGAUGAUUUUUCACAGAGUUAUGCCCUUUGAAAUUUUCUAUAAACUGUACAUAUAGUGCAACUACUGACUGGAAUUCAAUUAAGCUUUAUGGGAAGCUUAACUACCUUGAGGAGAUGCGCAUUUUAUUUGUGGGUUCUGGAUAGAUGAUUUAUUUAGAGAGUUAUGGCCCUUUGAAAUUUUUAAGUUGCUAAACCAUCCAUCUUAUUAUUUUGUCCACAGUUAUGCCCCUCAAGACGUUUCCUUUUAUCUGAAUAAUUUGAUAUAGUGCAAUAUUGUGACAAAAAAAACCUUUGGGGAGCAACACCCGUCUCCGACGGUUUCUUGUUUUACAUUUGUUAAAAGUUUGAUGUUUCCAGGGUUUUAUGAAAUCAGAUGCUUAUAAUAACAGAUUUCAAACUUUGUCUUCAUUUGACAUUGAACAUAUGCUUAAAUAUGUGGAAUUUCUUAAGGUAUUAAAAGAUUUCUUUCUUAGCACCCUUUUAUGAUGCUCAAGAUUUUUCCGUAUUAAUAACCCAGUGGAGCAAUAGGGCCAUUUUGUGCCUCAUUUGCUUAUAGCUUCUCCAAAUGGACUUAUUUCUCGCUGAUAUUGGUUUAGUAGAUACAACAUAAUGCAUGUUUAAUUAAAGGUAUAUUUUUGUUCAUUUAUCAUACCUGUAAUUAUAAAUAAGUAUGUUCUGAUUGUAUAAUGUUUUAUAUCAAGUCAAACCAGUUUUGCUUAUUGUAUUUAACAUUUUAAUCAAUUGUUAGACAAAGUUAUUAGAUGAUGUUACUGUCGUUGUUGUUUAUUGUCACGUUCAAUUAAUGACAUAAGUUUUUGUAAAACAAUUGUAAUCACAUAAACAUUUGUUACUUUAAAGUUACAGCUCAUAAUAAAUAAUAGAAGAAUUUC